AUGCACUUGGUAUUCGCCUCUUCCCUUGUCCCGUGCGGCGCGCCCGAAAGCGGGUUCGAAAUCGCCAACGCAGCCAUCGUCGACGGCCUCGAGCGUGCCGGGGCGACGGUCAGCCACAUCGGAUUUCAAUGGCCGGGCAGCAGUCUCAAUGCGCCGGAACGGACCAGGAGCCUUGGCGAACUCGACGUCAAGACCGACAAUGCCUCGACCCGCCAGAAACUGGCCUGGCUCGCCAGAGCGAUGGCCGGCGGGCUGCCGUUCGCCUCGGCCAAGCUGCGCGUGCUUGGCGAUGCGGCGUUUCGCGCCGCGCUGGACGAGAUCGGGCCCUUUGACGCCGUCGUCAUCAACGGCGUCGGCCUUGCCGGCGCUUUCGAAAAAGCGCUCACGGACCAGCCCUAUCUUUAUGUCGCGCACAAUGUCGAACACCAAAGCGCGGCCGAAGCCGCCCGGCAGGCCAGCAGCCCGGUCGAACGGUUCAUGUAUCGCCGCGAGGCACGUCAUCUGCGUGCGCUGGAAGAACGGCUCGUCGCCGGCGCGCGCCAUGUCUGGACGCUGACGCAGGAGGACCGCGCAACCUUCGGGCUCGAAGGGUCGGAGCGCGCUUCGGUGCUGCCACUCGUCACGCCCCUUUCGGCGACGGCCAUCCCCGCCGGCCAGCGGGUGCCCGCCUUCGAUGCCGGCAUGAUCGGCACCUGGACAUGGACACCCAAUCGGAUCGGGCUUGAAUGGUUCCUGCAGGAGGUGAUGCCGCAUCUGCCCGAGCAGGUGACGAUCGCCAUCGCCGGGGCGCUGCCGGCCGGGUUCCCGCAACGCGACAAGCGCGUGACAUUCCUUGGCCGGGUGGUCGAUGCCAAGCAGUUCAUACGCCAAUGCCGGAUCGUGACGCUGACCGCCCGCGCGGGCACCGGCGUCCAGCUCAAGACGAUCGAAACGUUCGAGAUGGGGCUGCCGGCCGUCGCGACGCCUUCCUCGCUGCGCGGCAUCGCCGACGUGCCGGCGAAUGUGCGCAUCGCCGACACGGGGCGUGAAUUCGGCAAGCUUCUGGCCGAGCAGAUCGUCGGUCACCGCACCGGAUCGGUGACCGAUCUGGAUGCGACCGCGUUCCGCGCCUCGCAGAUCGCCGGCAUGGACGCAGCAAUCGCACAGGCUCUGAGCGCAUUUCGGGCGGGCCAUUAA